GAAUCUGGAAGUGGAGUUGUGGUGUCAGGAACCAGUAGCUAGUAGCAGUGGCUUUUUCUCCCUAUUCUCAAACCUACUCUACUCACUCACCUAAAGACACAAACAUAUAACCAAAUCAAAUAUUGCACAUCACACAGAAUCUCAAUCUCAGAGUCUCUGUUCACAUUUCAUUCCCUCCAUCAAUACAUAAUUAAGCCUCAACAUUCAACAUCUUUUUCCCAAAAUCCAAAAACCUCAGUCUCACAGACCUUGUUGCUGUUUCCAUGAGCAUGUUAGGCUUUAGAGACCUAGUUUUCAUAGCUCCAAACCCUUCUCAAGCCCAACCCUUUUCAGCAGACCACCAUGCCAACCUUCCUUUACCUUCAUCAUCAUCAUCAGCAGCACUCAGCGUUGGUCUUGGCAUUUUCCCACUCCUAACCGCCACUCCUUGCAUGCCACAACCUCAACCUCAACCUCAACCUCAGAGCAAUACCAAUGAUAAUGUUCAUAAUCAUAAUCAAGAUUGUGGCAAUGGCAACAACAACCCCAGCUUCUGGAACCUCAAGAUGUGUCCACCACAACUGAAUUCAUCUGACAGAAAAGCAGCGAUGAUUAUCAACGUGGAAGAGGAAAACGGUGGUGUCUAUGGAAGUGACUACAGAGUGUGCCAGGAUUGUGGAAACAGAGCAAAGAAAGAUUGCAGCUACAAGAGAUGCAGGACAUGUUGCAAGGGGCGUGGAUUUGACUGCAACACUCACGUGAGGAGCACGUGGAUCCCUUUAUCUCACCGACGGGAGCGGCAUGCGGUGGCUGAUGGUGGUAGUGGGGGUGACAGUGAUGGUGGUGGUGCUUCUUCUGGAGCUAAGAGGCCAAGGUCAUCACAGAAUGCUGGUGGUGCUACCUCUCACAGUUCCACCGCCACUAAUGCUGCUAUGUCAAGGAACUUAAGCUUAGAUACUGCCUCUUGUCACCAAGAUGCUGGUUUCAAACAGUGUUUACCUGGAAAUAUUCGUGCACCUGCUGAGUUUAAGUGCCUUAGAGUGUCUGGUAUUGGCAAUGGUGAAGAUGAAUUUGCCUACAUGGCCACGGUCCGCAUUAGCGGCCAUGUGUUUAAGGGGUUUCUGUAUGAUCAAGGGGUUAGUGGGAGAAAUGAAAUGCCUUGUGUUUCAGAACUGCAAUUGGGAAACAAUGGCAGUGGAAAGAGUAACAGGGAAUGUGCUUCUCCAAUUGGAGUUCCAACCAGUGUUUUCCCUGCUUCUGCUUGCUGAGAUUGCCUAAAGGUAAAAAACUCACCAAGCUUAGCUUAAAGUAUCAUUUUGAACUCCAUUAUGUAUGAGAAAAUAAAAUUGAAUUCUACAAGAUUGUAAGCGUUCGUGUUUAGAUCAGCUUAUUUUCUCUUAGAGUCAAUUCGGGCUCUCAGAAACUAAUCACGUAAGUUUCUUCUUAGAAUUAAUUAUGUCUUAGGAUAUAUCAAUUGUAAAAGGGUUUUCAAAUAUGCCCUUAGUCUCCAAUGAAAAGGAAAUCAGCUAUCUGGUUGUUGAUAAGAAAAAACUUAGAAGAUUCUUGAACCUCAUCAUUUUACUGAGUGAAGUAAUGGUAAUUUUAAAUCAAUUCAGGGAA